GUUCAGCCACAUAACCCAAAAUCUGAAAUAAAAAAAAAGGAUAAUGGUCCCCACUCUGUCUAAACAGAUAACCACAAACCGAGAGAGAGACUACGCAGUUAGACUUGACUAGUAUCCUCAUUAACACGUAUCUCUCUACACACAAAACCUAACGAAGCUGAGAGGGAGCCUCCUAGUCGAUCGUACCCGAGAAUGCACCGGCUGCUACUUGAAUCCCACGUUGGCGGUGGAGGAGGAGAUGGGUACCUGAGGGACAUGAACUUCGACGCAAACAUGGUGAUCAUACUCUCUGCUCUGCUCUGCGCUUUGAUACUUGCGCUUGGGCUCAAUUCGAUACUCCGGUGUGCGAUGCGAUGCGGCUUCGGGCUAUCCUCAGCGGCAUCGACGGUGGCGGCAGACAGGCCCGGAUUGAAGAAGCGAGAACUGAAGAGGUUUCCCGUGGCCGCGUACGGGUCGAGCGGGGUGGAGAUAGCUACGACGGAGUGCGCCAUCUGUCUGGGGGAGUUCGCGGACGGUGAGAAGGUCCGAGUUCUUCCGCCGUGUAAUCACAGCUUCCACAUGUCCUGUAUCGACACGUGGCUUGUCUCUCACUCUUCCUGUCCCAAUUGUCGGCACUCGCUCAUCGAGUUACACGUGGCAGGAUCAACCUAAACUAUAGCAAGCUGCUCAGAGUGAUUAGUCGUAAGUUGAUUUAGUUAUUUGUCAGAUUAUGGGCUCCUGGUAGCUCUAGCAGUUGUGAUAGUCUAUUACAGUUGUAGACUUUUUUUUUAAGUAAGUAAUCAGUCUUUGCAUACAA